AUGAAAAUUCGCAUCGCCUUCAAGAAAGAUGGGGUUGAAUCUCCUGACCAAGAAGUCGAGGUCGACGAUGAGGCAAAAGUGGAAGAAUUGAUGGACGCGGUGACGAAGGCUUUCGGGAUCUUGCCAGCCGAUCAAGAACUUCGCUUCGAUGGCGAGCAACUCAAGCCGGACCAUUCAUUGAAAGCGUACAGCUUGGGGGGCGGUGCUACCGUCACUUUGACACGUGUUGCAUUGGAAGAGCUGGAGCUGGGAAUCGAUCUGCAUAAUCUCGAAGGACACGUGGAAGGAGCGUACACUGUCAUCACUAUUGGGGCCGAGGCGACAGAGUCUGGUGUUCCAAAUAAUGGCAGGAUUGUUCUGAAACAUUCGAAUAUCGAUAUGUGGAAGGGAGUGGUUGAGUUUCGCGCCGCUGAUAUUGACAAGGAGCCGGGCGAGGACCAAGCCAAGUUCGCCGAUAUAAUGCUUAAAUUGAUUGAGUUACUCUGGAAUAGCGAGUUUUUCUUGUGUUAUCCUGGUCUAAUUGGUGAAAUGAGGCGUAUUUCUCGCGAGGCAAAAGGAUACUUUGGUGGCGACAGUACUACAAUGGAGAUGGCUACAAGUCAAUACUUCUUUGAUUUGUUGAAGGGACGCGGAACUUCGUUCGACCAAGCCACAUUUAAAGUCAAGUUUGAACGAAAAACCAGCGGGAUUCAUUCUGGAUGCAUUGCUACGAUUCGCCAUGACGGAAUUGACGACUCAGCGUCUCCUCCUGAUUUGCGCGAAGUCUUUGCUUAUGUAUUGUUGGAAGCGAUUGGUCUCGGACCGGAAUGUCAUUUCUUUGGACCAAUUCCCGGCAGAAGCAACGAUACAUUGUAUAUUGGCACUAAGUCCAUUCCGGGUUUGAAACACAUUGAGGAUGCAACGGGAGGGUCUCAAGAUAUCAAAAUGAUUAUUUUUGCAAUUCAUGUUGCAAGUUCAGUACUUCGCUUGGGCGAUGUCCACACCCGGAACUGCGGCUACUACGACGGAAAACCAAGCAUUUUUGACUUCAAUGUGCGGCCUUUUCAGGAGGGAUACGACUAUAAGCUGGUGAAUCUUGAGGAAUUUCUAAAGGGCAAACCUCAAUGCGUCGACACUCUGAUCACCGGCCAGUCAGGUCAUCCAAUGAGGGCAAUUGUUGAAGACAUGAAUGAACAGUCACGGGGGGAAAAGGGACUUGCUCUCUUACAAGGAUGGGACAUGUUGAACCGCGUUGAUAUCGCGAUGUGUUACUAUCGAGGGCACCAAGGAUUUGGACCAGUAUGCAAAGUUGCGGUUGUCCUGUUAAAGUCUACCUUCUCAAGCCCUUCCGUGAAAAAACCAGCGAUUGAUGGAAGCGAGCAUUUUCUCAUCUCACUCCAUAAGCAAUACAAAUACAGGAGACAUUUGGACGCCGAGAAGUUUACAGACCAAAAUUUCAAGACUUGUAGAAAAACCGUGAAGAAUUGGCAAAUUCCAGCAAAUUGCCCGAAGAUUUACCGAUCAUUUGGAAUCUACGACUACGAAAGACGACUGGUUUUUGCAGGUACAAAAGACAAAAGGGCGACGAUUUCGUGUCAAUUGCUGUGCACAGCGGUUGUUUUGGCCGAACCAGAGCGAUGUGAGACAAAUUGUGAGAAAAUUGAUGAAGAUCCACCAAUUCUGAUGGCAUCCAAGCCCCAUGCUCACUCACAUGGCGUCCGCUCGAUUACAAUUGUGGCCGCACUUUCUUUCCACUCAAUCGUCGAGGGUGUUGCUUUGGGAAUCACGAAUAGUCCAACUGAUGCCUAUACAUUGUUCUUCUCGCUGAUGGUUCACAAACUUAUUGUCGCCUUUUCGGUCGGAUUGCAGCUCGCUCGCACUCACGCACAUGCUCUUCAUAUGGUUGUGAUUUCAAUGCUUAUUCUUGCCUCGAUGUCACCGCUCGGGGCUCUGUUUGGCAUGGUUGUGCAAAACACCAUUCAGGGCGCUUUCAAAGAAGUGUUACUUCAUGAGCGGGACAACGAACAUCCAAAUCUUCUAAAACUCGUCUUUAUGUUGCUUGGCUUUACGUUGUUUGGAGGGGUGCGCCUUUUUGAUGAUGGGCAUGGUCAUGGUCAUGGACACUCACACGGAGCUGGUGAUGCCCAUGAUGAACAUGACCACGUGAAUACAACAGCAGCUACCGUUUUGGCAAAUGUCACCGCAGCUGUCAUUACAAAAACUUUGGACCUUCGCCUUGAUUUGAUGAUUCAACACUUUGUAGUUCGACUUCAGAGCCGUUGUUUAUCUCGGCCUUCGGGAUUAUGGGAUCGAUUCAGCCGAGAAACAUUACGUCAAAGGCUUCAAAAAGCGACUGAAACGCAACGCACGAAUCGAGCUGACGUCCAUUAUUCAGAUGCAAUAUCUCUACGCCCUCCGAGAGACUUGUGGAAAGCAGGAGCUUUUGCGGCAGGGGUGUGUGUU